AUGUGCAACCGUGAAAGAACAAUUCUUUCUUUGGCAGCUGUGGCAAGCCCCGUUCUGUGGCAGAAGGACUGCGUGAAGGGUCCGGAGGUAUGGUGUCAGAGUGUUCGGACAGCAUCACAGUGUGGAGCGGUGAAACAUUGCCAGCAGAAUGUGUGGAACAAGCCUACUGUAAACAGUAUCCCCUGUGACUUGUGUAAGGAACUUGUGACAGUGGCAGGCAAGGUUUUGAAGGAUAAUGGCACUGAGGAUGAGAUCCGCUCUUACUUGGAGAAGACAUGCGAAUUUCUUCCUGACCAAGGCCUGGUCUCUGAGUGCAAAGAAAUUGUUGAUUCCUACCUACCAGUUAUCAUGGAUAUGGUCAAAGAAGAGCUAGAUAAACCUGAAGUUGUAUGUAGUGCACUCUCACUGUGCCAGUCCCUUCAGAAGCACCUUGCAGCAAUGAAACUUCAGAAACAACUCCAGUCCAAUAAGAUACCAGAGCUGGACUUUUCUGAACUGGCAUCCCCAUUCAUGGCUAACGUGCCUCUUCUCCUUUACCCUCAGGACAAACCCAAGCAGAAGUCUAAGGGAAGUGGGGAAGUAUGCCAAGAUUGCAUUCAGCUGGUUACUGAUGUUCAGGAAGCUGUGAGGACAAACUCGUCUUUUGUAAAGUCUUUAGUUGCUCAUGCCAAGGAGGAGUGUGACCGUUUGGGACCUGAAAUGUCUGAUAUGUGCAAGAACUAUAUCUCUGAAUAUUCUGACUUGGCUAUCCAAAUGAUGAUGCACAUGAAGGAUCAGCAACCAAAGGACAUUUGUGCCAUGGUUGGGUUCUGUCCUUCCGUGAAAUCUGUUCCCCUUCAGACUCUGGUGCCAGCUCAGGUGGUUCAUGAAGUAAAAAUGGAAACUGUGGAGAAAGCCUCAGGUCAAGAGAAGACCUUUUCUUUGUGUGAAAUAUGUGAGACCAUGGUGAAAGAAGUGACUGGCCUCUUGGAGAGCAACAAGACAGAGGAGGAGAUUGUGCAUGAAAUGGAGGUGAUCUGCUACCUGUUCCCAGCAAGUGUCAAAGAUCAGUGUAAGGACUUCAUAGACGUCUAUGGCCAGGCUUUGAUCGACAUGCUCUUGGAGGCAACGAAUCCUGAAGCUGUGUGUGUUAUGCUGAAAUGUUGUGCAGCCAACAAGCCUCCACAGCAGCCAGUUUUAGUGAAACCUGCAGGCGGCUUCUGUGAUAUCUGCAAAAUGGUGGUAGCUUAUGCAGACAAAGAACUAGAGAAGAAUGCCACGACAGCUGAAAUUGAGGCUUUACUGGAGAAAGUCUGUCACUUCCUGCCAGAGUCUGUCAGUGAUCAGUGUGUUCAGUUUGUGGAACAGUAUGAACCGGUGGUUGUGCAACUCUUGGCAGAGAUGAUGGAUCCCACUUUUGUUUGCACGAAACUUGGAGUCUGUGGGUCGGCUAGACAGCCGCUCCUGGGGGAUGAUGCCUGUGUCUGGGGUCCGGGUUACUGGUGUAAGAACAUGGAGACUGCUGCUCAGUGCAACGCUGUUGAUCACUGCAAACGUCAUGUGUGGAACUAGAAGAAGAAUUUCCAGUUCUGAAAGUUUGAUAUGGCUUUUAAAAAUGUGGGCUGAGGUUGGCGGAGAGCUGUAUCUCAAAUGUCCUCCUCUCUGCCUCAUUAACAAUUUGACCUUCAAGUUCCUUUAUUGUAACUCUUCUGUAGCAGUGCUGCUGUUGAAGGAUCAGAUCUUCGUUGUUGACUUAACAAAGAUACUUCUGAUUGUACAGUUUAACUCAUUAUGCUCCUACAAAUAGUCAGUGUGUUGUAGAUUUUUAAUUGGUAGGCUGAAGUGUUUUUUAGGUGCUGGGAAGAAUGGCAGAGAAGGUGACAUGAGACAAGACUUAUCUUUUAAUUUAAAAAAAGAACAAGAUAGCAAC